AUGAACAGUGGCGAUACCGUAUCGAAGUCAGCUCAAUAUUUCUCCUCUUCCGAGGUGUUUUUCCGGCGAGCUGACGGUGAUGGAUUCUUUUGUUAUUUCUCGGCCACCGUAUUCGCACUUGUCUUCCUUCUUCUCUACCAAAUAUUCCGGAAAUUUCGAUUCUUCAGCCAUGCUUCUUCUUCUUCGUCCCCUGCCGUCUCGGUUUCUCCAUCUCUGAGCACUCAAUCAAGAAUAUCUACACUUGUUUCUGAUGAAGAUCUGAAAGGCCUGAUUGAAAAUUUGGAGGAAAGAAAUGAGAAUGCUGAGAUCUGGGAAAAUGUUAUUCAGAAAAGCAGCCCUCGUGUCUCAUACACUGCUAAAUCCUGCAAACCGAAAGAUGGUGGUCCUAUGAAGUACUUAAGUACUACGGUAUUUGAGGACUGCUCGCCAGAGGUUUUGAGGGACUUUUACAUGGACAAUGAAUACAGGAAGCAGUGGGAUAAGACUGUGGUUGACCAUGAGCAAUUGCAGGUUGAUAAUGCUAGUGGAAUCGAGAUUGGUCGCACCAUAAAGAAGUUUCCUUUGUUGACACCAAGGGAGUAUGUAUUAGCUUGGAGAUUGUGGGAGGGGAAGGACAAGUUUUAUUGUUUCAUCAAGGAAUGUGAUCACAGUAUGGUGCCGCAGCAGAGGAAGUACGUACGUGUGAGUUAUUUCAGAUCUGGUUGGCGAAUCAAGAAAGUUCCGGGCAGGAAUGCGUGUGAGAUCCACAUGUUUCACCAGGAAGAUGCUGGACUAAACGUUGAGAUGGCAAAGCUUGCUUUCUCAAAAGGCAUAUGGAGUUACGUUUGUAAGAUGGAAACUGCACUUCGUAAAUACAUUGCAACCAGUCAUAGACCCCAAGGGCCUGCUUUAUCUGCUGUCAGCUUAAUGAAAAAGAUUCCAACAGAGUUAGAAACUCAGACGGAUGACAUUACAAACUCCUCGGGAACUACUACUAUUGGUCUGCAGACAGGGGAAGGAGCCCAACGGAAGAAACUGUUUAGAACGCCUUCAAAGAAACUGAUAGCAAACGGUUUGCUACUUGUGGGCGGUGCAGUCUGCUUGUCUCGUGGUCACUCUGCGUUAGGUGCGAAGGUUGCGUUGGCUUACUUAUUGACGAAGCUGAGAAAGCGUGGAGCUCCUCUGAGUCAGACCUCCCAAGAAGCUGGUAUUUAA